AUGUUACUAAUAGAAGAUAAAGAAAUUGACAUAUUUGUCGCCAGUAAAAUAGGUUCUUUGAAACAUAUAAAAUACCACACGGACAUAACAAAAAACAAUAAGAAAUAUAUAGAGAAUCUAGUAGAUAUAAAGACACUACAGAAAGAUGAGGGUAUCACUCGGAUGGAGUGGAGCAAUGCUGAGCAGACUGAGAUACUGAUCGGGCGGAAGAACCAACAGAUACAAGUCUACAACACACUCCAGGGUUUCACGAAGUCCUACACAGCGGACUUUGCGCCCGGCGAGGUCGUGGGCCUGGGCCGGUGUAAGAGGAAGCUGCUGGCCGCCGUGUCCAGUGGAGUCGUGAAGAUAUGGAGUAAGAAGACAGAAGAGAUUGUAAAUGUUGGCAAAAUUGAUCGUAUGAGGGUCUGCGCUGAUGAUGAUGCUGUUUUUGCUACAGGUGGAGAAGAAAACGAUUUAAAGAUAUGGCGUAUAGGCGAGACCUCACCGACAUUCGUAGCCAAGAACCUCCCUCACGACUGGUUGCAACUGAGGAGGCCCGUGUGGGUCACUGACCUCGUGUUCCUCCCGCAAGAGGGAGGCAGGCUGGUCGCUGUGUGCUCUAGACAUGGAUACGUUCGAUUGUACGACAGUCGUGCACAGAGGCGGCCUGUCAUCGCUGUAGACUUUGAGAAGAUGGCUGCCACCUGCAUCACCAACAGUUUUGAUGAAAGGCAAGUUCUGGUAGGAUUCGGAAGAGGUCAGCUUCAUCAAGUAGACCUGCGCAAGGGCAAACCGGACAAGGGUUACAAAGGUUGCGUCGGCGCAGUCACCGAUAUAGCCAUAGUGAAGGAACCACGGCUCAUUGUCAGUUCGAGUCUUGACCGACAACUUCGAGUACACGAUUAUGCUAGCAAAGAUUUGAUAUAUAAGCAAUACCUAACAUCGAAGUUGUCAUGCGUGCUCAUACAAUCUGAGAGCUCGACUCCUCUCAGCAGAGUGGAUGACGUCAAGGAGGAGAAGCCGGAGAUAGGAGUGGAGGAGAUUGGAGUAGAGGCUGAUGACUUAGAUACACUGUUUGAGAACAUGGAGACUAUCGGUGAAAAACCCAAAAAGACAAAGCUAAAACCGGAACCCGAAGAGUUGCCAGCUAAGAAAAUUAGACCUUCAUCAGGAGGCGCCACUGACGCUGAUUUAGACGACACAGAUGAUGCAAUCAAGAAGCUUCUGCGAAGCACAGAGAAGCAGAAGCGGAAACGAGAACAAAAGAAGAAAGAGAAGAAAGCUAAAAGUGUAUUCCAUAAUGCUUGA